ACACCCCGCCCCUCCGCCCGCCGCCCCCCGCCCCCCGCCACCGCCUUCGUCCUCCCACAAUCCCGCGCGGCUCCUUCUUUUCCGGGCCGCCAACAUGUCGAAGAGAGGACGUGGCGGGUCGUCCGGUGCGAAAUUUCGCAUCUCGCUGGGUCUGCCCGUCGGCGCGGUCAUCAACUGCGCGGACAACACUGGCGGUAAGAACCUGUACAUCAUCUCGGUGAAGGGCAUCAAGGGUCGUCUGAACCGCCUGCCAGCUGCCGGUGUGGGUGACAUGGUGAUGGCCACCGUGAAGAAGGGCAAGCCCGAACUCCGGAAAAAGGUGCAUCCUGCGGUGGUGAUACGGCAGCGGAAAGCCUUCAGGAGAAAGGACGGGGUGUUUCUCUACUUUGAAGACAACGCAGGGGUCAUAGUGAACAACAAGGGCGAGAUGAAAGGUGGGUGUGCCUCUGAUGGAAGAAUGUUAAGAAAUACUCUCGCCGAUGAUUGCUGUGACUUGGUGAGGAAGUUUGACCGAAGGCCUUACUGGAUGGAAUAGAGGACAUGAGAAGAUGUAAAGAGAAGAUUGAGGGAUAUGACAGUUACCCCAAACGGAGCAAAAUUUUACAAAGAUCACAACAAGACAUAUAAAUGUAACAACUAGAUAUAUAGGAACAAAAACCAUAAGACAGUUGUGAACAGCGAGUUCCUUUCCAAAAAGCACCCGCCCUGUAGUCCACGCGGACCCUAAUGGGGUGGGUUGUCACGGGAAGGAGAGCAAACUCGGCAUUGCUAAUGGGUGAGGGGGCAGCACUGCCUGUUGCAGCACCUCUCAAUCAGUAGUGCUACAUUC